CCGGCAAAGCAGCCGUGAGCACCCUGGCUGCAGGACGCUGCCUGGGCCUGGCCCAGGCACAGAGUGGGAAGAUGUGGCAGGACACACCACGGGCCAAGGAUGGAAGGAUGCAGAGGGUCCUGGCCGGGGCAGGGGUGUGUGUGUAUGUGACCCACAGCACCAGAGAGUUUGGGGACAUGCAGAUGGAGGGAGCACGGUGAAGAAAGGGUGGCCUGCUUUAGGACAGGAGAAUGUAUUAUUAUUGUUAGUAUUUAUGCAAUUAAACACAAAAGGUAGAGUGUGAGGAGGCUUUGCCGCUUCUUGGAAAGACCCUGAGUUAUAAAACAUGCCACGACAUAGGGACAGCAACAGUGGACACUGUGUGUAGAGAGGUCUGUGUACAGGGACCACCCCCGAUGGAGGCUGCUGUGUGUGUUUGGGGGGUCCCAGGCUGACUCUGGGAGGAUUCUGGCAUCUUGGUGUGGGGAGAUUCUGUGCCUCAGGGCUCUGAUGUUGGCCCAAGCCUCAGGCUGGCGGAGGUUGGGGAUGAGACUCCACAUCCUGUGGCAUUGCGUCCUGGGUCCCCUGGAAAGAAUGGGUCUCUAAGUAAACCCCAUGCACCCUACUGCCCCUCCCCCCAGUCUCAGAGAGACACUGCUGCACAGCACUGCCUGGUGCUGGGCUCACCCCUGGGGGUUUAGCUUGAGCACGACCAGGGGCCACCUCCUCAAUGAGGAAACGUGGGGGCCACCAUCCAGAAGGUGCCCUGCCCAGCGCUCAGGAUGAGCCUCUGCCCUGCUGAGCCCCGGGAUAGACAGUCAGCCCAUCGCUCGCUGGGCUUUGGCAAUCAGGAAACAGAAUCCUGCCCAUCCCAGCAAGAGCCUCUCCCUCCACUGUUUAAUUAAAAUAGCCUCUUCCUGGCUCCGGACCCCACGCCUGCAGUGUUGUGUGCCUCUCAUCCUCCUGGGAGUGGACACCCAAGGGCAGAUGAGUCCCCGACACAGCCUCGGCAGUGCUGGGUGGGGGCCUCUGGAGGUUGACCUGCCCUCACAGCCACCUUGUGGGGCCUCCUCCUUGACUCUAUCAUCGGUGAGACAUGGGUCCAGAAGCCAGGAAUUAUGGAAUUACAGAAGGGGCUGCAGAGAUAAGCUCGUUCACAGCCUCAGGCACAGGCCAGGUAUAGCCACUGAGGAUGGAGAAGGAGGGAACCGGGCGCUGCUUUGAAAAGAAGAAAGGUAUUGAAUCCAACAUAGGAGCUUUGCCUUGAGAAACUAGAGAAAGACGAGGAAAUGGAACCCACAGCAAGCAAAGGGAAGGAUGGGGCAGGAGUCCACGCAAUUGAAAACAAAAGGAAAAUAGAGGAAAUUGAUUAAACCCAAGCUGGUUCUUUGAGAUCCAUCAAAUUGAUAAACAAUAUGGAGAACAAAAGGGGAUAUUGCUAAACAAUUGUCAGAAAUUAAAAGGCUGAUAAGGGAACUCCAUAAACAACACCACGUGUUGUUUAUCAAAACCUCAGGUAAUGUGGACCAAUUCCUUGAUAGGCGCAAAUACCAGAACUCAUUAAAGAAGAAAAGAUAAUCGGGAGGUCCAAUAUCUAAUAAAGGACACCUUCCAACACAGAAAAACUACAGUUUCCUGGAAAAUACUACCAAUCCUUUAAAGAAGAAAAAAUGUCAAUUCUACAUCAUCUCUUUCAGAAGAUAGAAUAGGAGAAAACACCAACUCUUUUCAUGAAGGCAGUGUUACCAAACCAGGCAAAGGCAUUGCAAUAAGAGAAAACUACAGACCAACCAAAAUCCUCAAUAAAAUAUUAGCAAAUACAAUCCAGCAACAUGUAAAAAGGACAAUACGUUGUAGAGAUGGGGUCUGGCUAUGUUGCCCAGGCUGAUCUCAAACUCCUGGCCUUAAAUAAUCCUCCUGCCUUGGCCUCCCAAAGUGCUGGAAUUACAGGCAUGAGCCACCACAUCCAGCCUAGAGGGGAACAUUUCAGACCAUUCCAGAUAACACUAGUCUGGAAAAACCAGCACCAACACGAUUCUUAGUGGGGAAACCCCUCCCUCUAAGAUCAGGUGGGUGUUAAUGCACAGGCCAGCCUCCUUGCUCUGUCUCCUGGGAGGGCUGGGAAAGCAACACCCCAGUAGUGUGAGCACACCUUGCUCCAGAUUUUGGUUUCUAAAUGCCUUCGUCCACCAAGAGGAAGCAGGGCUUCCUAGAGAAGCGUCUGAUUCCAGGAAUGAAACAGGGCAAAUCUGAGAUGAACUCGGACCCAAAAGUAAGAAAGGUCAGGGAGGGACAGCGUGUUGAAAGGGCAUCAGGGCCAAAACGAAAGAACUUGAGGGCCGAAGUUGGAACCACUGCAACCACAAAAUACAUAGUGAUCGUAUUGGAUUAUAGCUCAAGUAAUAGAUAAACAUUCUUUAGUCCACACCUAGAUAAAUAAAUAAGGAAGCAAAUAGACACACAGAAGAGCGGGACAGCUCCUCCUCCCGGGAGAAUUUCAAUUAGUAAGUGUGGAAGGAACAAGGCAGGGAGGAGAAUCCUCAACAGAGCCCCACAGGGACCGUGCGGGCCAGGCCCCCGGAGGGGCACCAGCACUGCCGGGCAAACGCCUGGGCAGAUGCAGGACAGCUGCCAAGUCUCAGACAUGACCAAUUACAGAGGGAAACGGCGGCACCACGAGGGAUGGGACGCGGCCGUGUCACCUUCAUGCCCCAUGCGCACUGCUCCUGUGGGAUUCCUCCCCCAAUGCAAUGCCCACUCUGACCACGAGGAAACCUCAAGCAAGUCCACGUGGAGGGUCGUUCUACAAAACACCCAACCAGUCAAGGUCGCUGAGGCCAAGGAGAGACUGGGCAACCGUCACAAACCAGAGAAGCCGAGGAGACCUUUCAGCCAACGCCAUGUGGGGUCCUGAGCAGGACCCACGGGAAGUUGGUGCAGCUGCCUAAAGACCGUCCUGGCUGAGAAGAAACAGACCAGUGCUGCUUUCUCAGAGCUGGGAACCGACCUGCGGUGGCGUCGGGAAGCUGGUGAAGGGCGAUGUGAACUCCGCUUUUCAGCCACUAUUCCCUAAAACCAUUCCACGAGGUCAAGCCACACCUCACAAGCAAAGGCUGCUGAGUGCCCAGUGCUGGGCACCUGCUGUCCUGUGCUACCCUCGCCACCCCCUCUGCUCCACCUGCCCCAGGCCCAAGUCCACGAGAAACACUUCUGCCGUGCCUGCCUUCCCAUCCCGGGUUCUGCUCCCGCACCCACCUCCUCAUCCCAGGUUCUGCCAUUGUGUCUGCUUGCUGUGGAUUGAAUUGUGUCCCUCAAAAGGUGCCGAAGUCCUGACCGCUGGUACAUGUGAAUGUGACCCUAUAUGGAAAUAGGGUCUUUGUAGGUGAUCAAGUUAAGAGGAGGCUGUUAGGAUAGGCCCUACUGCAAUAUGCUUUGUAUCCUUAUAAAAAGGGGAGAUUUGGACACACACACACACACACACACACACACACACACGGAGAAGCUGUGUGAAGAUAAAGGCAGAGCUCAGGUGAGGCCACUGUAAGCCAAGGACCCCAAAGAUAGCAGCAGCCCACAGGAGUGAGGGGAGCGGGGUGAGACAGUGCCUCUUGCAGCCUCAGAAGAAACCCAUGCUGUCCACUGUCCACACCUCCAUCUCAGACUUCUGGCUUCCAAAACCAUGAGACACGGAAUUUCUGUUGUGUGACCAGCCAGUUUGUGGUACUGUUUGUCAUGGCAGCCCAAGGAAAAGAAUACAUUACAGCAUACAAACCAUGACUCACAUUAUCUUUAUUUAGAACCCAAACGAACCUCUCUCCCUAAGCUUUCAAUCACAGAGGCACACGACCUUGUUCAGCAGCCUAGAAAACCACGGCCCAGCGGAGCCACCCGCAGGCACCCACUCCCUAUAACCCGGCACACACACGGACCACGCCACCCUCCACGUGCGCCUGGGGAGCAAAGCAGCACAGCCUGAACUGCACCUCAGCUCUUCCUCCUGAGUCUAAAACACGCACAUGCGCCCCAGGCCAAUUCCAAGUUUUGUAAACUGAGCAACAGCUCUUGGGAAACAAAAACACAGCUACUGUUUAUUCUUCUGGAGCUGGCUGUACAACCCAACAAGGAAGGGAGGGCUUGCUGAGCCUCCUGUCUGGACAACACGCACCAGGGAGGAGUAUAAAAGCCCCACAAACCCGAGCACCUCACUCACUUGCUCACCCACUCCCUCCCAUCUCCCCCAGCUCAACCCCCAGCACAGCAGCAUCCACCAUGUCCGUCUGCUCCAGCGACCUGAGCUACAGCAGCCGCGUCUGCCUUCCUGGUUCCUGUGACUCUUGCUCCGACUCCUGGCAGGUGGACAACUGCCCAGAGAGCUGCUGCGAGCCCCCCUGCUGCGCCCCCAGCUGCUGCGCCCCGGCCCCCUGCCUGAGCCUGGUCUGCACCCCAAUGAGCUGUGUGUCCAGCCCCUGCUGCCAGGCGGCCUGUGAGCCCAGCCCCUGCCAAUCAGGCUGCAUCAGCUCCUGCACGCCCUCAUGCUGCCAGCAGUCUAGCUGCCAGCCGGCUUGCUGCACCUCCUCCUCCUGCCAGCAGGCCUGCUGCGUGCCCGUCUGCUGCAAGACCGUCUGCUGCAAGCCUGUCUGCUCUGAGGAUUCCUCUUCAUGCUGCCAGCAGUCUAGCUGCCAGCCGGCUUGCUGCACCUCCUCCCCCUGCCAGCAGGCUUGCUGUGUGCCCGUCUGCUGCAAGCCUGUGUGCUGCAAGCCUGUCUGCUCUGUGCCCAUCUGCUCUGGGGCUUCCUCUCUGUGCUGCCAGCAGUCUAGCUGUCAGCCAGCUUGCUGCACCUCCUCCCAAAGCCAGCAGGGCUGCUGCGUGCCCGUCUGCUGCAAGCCUGUGAGCUGUGUGCCUGUUUGCUCUGGGGCUUCCUCUUCAUGCUGCCAGCAGUCUAGCUGCCAGCCAGCUUGCUGCACCACCUCCUGCUGCAGACCCUCCUCCUCCGUGUCCCUCCUCUGCCGCCCUGUGUGCAGGCCCGCCUGCUGCGUGCCCGUCCCUUCCUGCUGUGCCCCCACCUCCUCCUGCCAACCCAGCUGCUGCCGCCCAGCCUCCUGCGUGUCCCUCCUCUGCCGCCCCGUGUGCUCCCGCCCAGCCUGCUGAGGCCUCCGCUCAGGUCAGAAGCCCAGCUGCUGAUGGACACGCCCCCCAGUGCCAGCCAGGCUCAGGUCCAACCUGAAAGCUGAUAGUCGCGUCCUGAAUUGCUCCUGCACUUUGACCAUUUCCUGGUGUCUGCUGUUGAGCUGGACAAUGGAAGAACUGAAAGUCUAUACUCAAUGCUGCAGCCCUCUUGCGGGGGGAGGGGGGCACUUCUAGAAAGUUCCCAUGGCAGUGGCCUCCCCUCCAUAUCUCCCACCUCUCAUGAGGGUCAGCUCAGCCUUGACCCGUGAGGUCUCUGUCCUCCUGGCUCAGAGCCGCAGAGCCUUCUUUGGACGCCCUCAAACUGACCAAUAAAGGCCCUGAGACUGCAAUGGCGCUGACACCCAGGUGUGUUGAUUAAUGCCUUGGCUGGAGCACACGGCCAUGGUGUUCUCCUUUGUGCACAACCCUCUGCUCUCCUUCAGGCCCCUGAGUGUUUUCCUGUGCCCACGGGCGUGUGGUUCCCAGGGGUCCAGGCUAGACGGACAUGGACAGGGGUAGCCUUGCAGCCCUUUGGCCAUUUCAGGCCCUUGGGUUUGUCCCUAACCCUCCUGUGUUGUUAGUCGUGUCAUAGUUAUUUUUGCUGAUUUGCUUUUUAAAUUAUCCUUCUUCUGCACAAUACUUGUCAAAUAAGAAUGGUGUCUUCUAGCGCCAUGCUUGCCCAGAGCAUGUCCAAAUGCCUCCCUAGCUUCAAAAUCAGUAGUCUUCAUUGACAUUGCCUAAAACCUCUUGUGCCCUGUGCAGACAUCACUGGCGUGGUGGGAGGAACACAGACAGGCGAUUGGAAUCGGGUCUCUGUCGCUUCGCUUCCACCCUGUGUGAGCAGAAUCAUCUCCUCAACCCUCCGGCCUCUCUAAAGUCAGGGAAGUAGGACUCCCUCUUUCAGGUUUCCAAAUGGAGUGGCAAGAACGACAGACAGAGCACGUGUAACCACCGUGAGCCCAGGGCCAGCAGACUGCCCAGAGCAGGAUGGUCUGAGGAGUUUUGGGCAUUUUAAGAAGUCUUUAAAAAUUAUAUUUGGAAUAAUGAUGUAACCACUGGAAGAAGUGCCAACUAUUCCAAUGGUUAUAAAACAUACUCAUAAAGCAAUGACGAUAAGAUCAGAAAGAAUUUCCAUGCACAGGUGUCAGAGGGUGGCCCGGGAACUCAGCUGCAGUGGAGGUGGAGUUGUGAGGACAGACCCAGAGCACUGGCCACACGGAGUCACAGUCCCGGAGUGGAAGGGAGUGCAUAACUCAUGGGUGAACAGACACACGGACGUCCCAGGGUGGGUGAGGGGGCAAACCUCACGGGUGAACAGACACACGGACGUCCCAGGGUGGGUGAGGGGGCAAACCUCAUGGGUGAACAGACACAUGGACGUCCCAGGGUGGGUGAGGGGGCAAACCUCAUGGGUGAACAGACACACGGAUGUCCCAGGGUGGGUGAGGGGGCAAACCUCAUGGGUGAACAUGCCCAUGGUUUUCAGCAACACAACUCAAUGUGUUGAUUGCAACCCACAGAAGCAGAGAGUUAAAAAUAACUCCAGAGAAGGGGACUCUGUGGAAGAGUCUUCAUUAAACUACAGUGCUGUUUCCCUUCACGUGAGCUGAGAACACUGCUGGUUGAGGUCCUUUGUGUCUUUACCAAACCUCACUCUGUCUUCAGAAAGUCAUUUUCCAGGAGGUGUACAGAAAAGUUGAGAAACCACUAAAAACCAAGCCGACUUAAGGGAUAUUUAUACAACAUCCCAUCCAACAACAAUGGGAUGCACGUUGUUUAAAGUGCACAUGGAACAUCAACCAACAUAAACCACCGGAGAGGCCUGAGAGCAAGUCUCAGUGUCCUCAGGAGGGAUGAAAUGACAGGAGGGCUGAGUGUGCUGCUUGGCCACACAGAAUUGGAAAUCAUUAACAGAAAGACAUUUAGAAAACUGCCACAUACUUGGAAAUUAAAUAACACACUUUAAGAUCUAUGAGUAAAAAUAUAAAUCACAAUGGAAAUUAUGAAAUAUCUGGAAUAAAAUGAAAAUGAAAUCACCACAUAUCAAUACUUGUGGGAUGCAGCUAACAAAGCAUGUAGAGGAAAAUGCAUAGUAAUUUGUUUAUUAGAGAAGAAGGCCUAAAAUCAGUUGUCCGAUCUUCCAGCUUAAGAAGCUAAAGAAGCAUAUGUUGAACCCAAAAAUAACUAGAAAUAAUAAAAUAAUCAAUAAUUUAAAAAUUCCACUGUGUUUGUCCAUUUUGCACUGCUGUAAAGGAAUACCCGAGACUGGGCAUUUUAUGAGGAAAGGCCCAUGGUUAUCUGGCUCCUGGUUCUACAGGCUGUAUAAGCAUGGCACCUGCUGAGCUUCUGCUGAGGUCUCAGGAAGCUUUACUCAUGGUGGAAGGUGGAUGGGGAGCAGGCAUCACAUGGUAUGAGGGGAGCAAGAGAGACAGAGAGGAGGGAGUGCCAGGCUCUUGUAAACAACCAGCUGUCCAUGAAGUAACAGAGCAAGACUUUACUCAUUAUUGUGGGGGUGGCACCAAGCCACUCAUGAGGGAGCCGUCCCCAUGACCCAAUCACCUCCCACCAGGCCCUGCCUCCAACACGGGAUCAUGGUUCACUAUGAGAUUUGGAGGGGACACAUAUCCACCAUAUCACCUACCAAAUAGAAAGUGGACAAACAGGGAAAUAAAUAAAACCAAACCUAGUUUUUUUAAAGACAAAUGAAAUUGGCAAAUUUCUAACUUUACUGGUCAUUAUAAAACAAGAGAACAAAUAAAUUACCAAUAUUGGAUGUUAUGGUUUGGCUGUGUCCCCACCCAAAUCUCAUCUUGAAUUCUCACAUGUUGUGGGAGUCACCUGGUGGGAGGUAAUUGAAUCAUGGGAGUGGGUCUUUCCUGUGCUGUUCUCAUGAUAGUAAAUAAGUCUCACAAGAUCUGAUGGUUUUAUACAGGGGAGUUUCCCUGCACAAGCUCUCUUCUCUUGUCUGCCACCAAGUGAAUUGUGCCUUUCACCUUCCACCAUGAUUGUGAGGCCUCCCCAGCCACGUGGAACUGUAAGUCCAUUAAACCUCUUUCUUUUGUAAAUUGCCCAGUCUUGGUAUGUCUUUAUUAGCACCGUGAAAAUGAACUAAUACAUCAGGAAUGAAUAAAAGGUUGCCACUACAGAAUCUGUAGAUAUUUAAAGGAAACCAAACAAAUAAUGCAAACAACUCUAUGUCAAUACAUUCAACAGCUUAGAUGAAAUAGGCAAAUGACUGGAAAUGUAUCAUUUAUGAAAAGGGAUACAAGAAGAAAUAGAAAAUCUGAAUAGCCCUCUAUCAAUUGAAGAGACUGGACUCGUAAUUAAAACCCUUCCCACAGAGACAAUGCCAAUCCUGAAUGGCUUUGCUAUUGAAUUCUACCAAGCAUUUAGGGGAGAAAUAAUGCCAAUCUAACCCAAACUUUUCCAGAAAACCGUGGGGUAGACACAACGUCGGCGAGGGUGCUAGGGAUUAGGGGACAGAGGCUGAGGCCUCACGGGUGGCAGGGAUUCCCUUGGUGGGCUCUGGCCAUGGACACAGACUCCUGGGAUGAGAGGGGGACUCAUGGAGGAACAGCCACGCCUUGACCCUGAGAUGGCCUUGCAGGGAGGGUAACUGAAAAUUUACCCACUGGGGACAGUUGCCUACUUACUAAAACAGUUCCAGCCACCACCGCAGCCCCUGGAAGGCCAUCCCCCCAGAAAAUCCCCCAGGUCUCAGCAGGGCCUUGUCCACCUGUGCCCUCCAGUGUCGCCCAUGUCAACCUCACCUAAGAGGGGCCUGACGCACGGUCCUGCAGGUGCAGACUCUGGGUCCUGAAAGCCCAUGCGGAAGCUGGUGCCCCCAGAGGAGGACCUGGGGCAGUGCCAGUUUUGGGGAAUCAUGUGCAUCCAUCCACCCACUCCAUGAUGCUUUUGUCCUGAUCGAGCCCCUUGUCUCCUGCGCAGGUGCAGCAGCCCCUCCCUCUCCCUCCGCAUUGCUGCUAAACGGGCAGAACCCUCAGGCGGGUGGCACACAGGGAGGGUGACCAGGCCUGGAGGCUGUGGUGCCCGGACCCCAGGCCAGCUUCCUGGAAGGUGACCCUGCAGGGUGGGCUCUCCCAGGUGGGACAGUGGGUGGGACAGUCCUGGGGCCUGGAAAGCCCCAUAGCCCAGGGCACGGCAGCCAAUGACCAGGCUCAGGAAGACCCAGGCAUGGAGGCUGAGCCAGGACUGAGCCUUCCUGGGCAUGGCUGUGAGUUCCACCUGGUGACCCCCUGGAGGAGUUAGGCCACUGUCCCCUGUGACUUCUAGGUUAAGUCACUCAUUCAUAGAAACAGUCAUGGCUAGAGACCAAUCUGAGCUCAAAACCAUGUGUCCCCAGGAGCACUACAGGAAAAGAGAAUCAGGUGACCAAGGGGAGUUUAUUGGGGAGCAGGAGGAGGUGCUGACAGGUUCAAGUUGAGGCCAAGUGACCUGGGGCAGAGAAGCUGGGAGGGAGGACAGGGGACCCAACAGGCAGGUGGGCCCCUGCUGGGAGGCAGGAGCUGGGGAGCUGCGAGGAUGGAGACUCCUGGGAGUAUGGAGGGGGGGUCACCUCAGCACAUGGGGGCCCCGUCCCAAGCGGGGACAACCUCCUAACCCGAGUCAGGACCAGUUGGCCCUGG